AUGCAGCUGCGACGAUACUGCGAUCUUCAGGGUGGAGAGCCAGAUGAGCUGACCUGCACACGGCAACAAUCACAGGGCGGCUUUUCAGAGGUCUGCAUUUGUGGUACUAACAAUUGCAACACGGCGACUCGCCUUCCAGUCCAGAUGGCGGGACCCGGAUUAGGGGUGCUUGCUGGUCUAUUGGCCGGUCUGCUGGCCUCCAAAUGA